AUGUCGUCAACCCAUGCCAAUCUUGAUGCGGCAUCCACCGACCGCAAAGCCCGCCUCGCCAAGCUCGCAGCUCUGAAGCGCAAGCAACCCGAGCCAGAGGCGAACGAGCCUCGUGCAGAAGACCAGGAGCUUCCCGAUGCCGAUGCCACGCCAGAUGUGGCCACAAAGUACCUGUCCGGCCGCAACUACGACGCCGAGGCCCGCGGACCUAAACUGGGCUUCGAGCAAGGCCCACAAGAGGGCCAGGUGACGGUGGAAGCACAGGCGGCUGAGAUUGCAACGGCCACAGCGGAACAAACCAAGAAGGACGCAAGUGCCGAUGAGACCGUUGAUCUACUCAAACUACAACCUAAGAAACCCAACUGGGACUUGAAGCGCGAUCUGGACGAAAAGCUCAAGACUCUCGAUACAAUGCAAUUGCUCGCCUCUUACGACAGCGGUCUAACGGAGACGGGGGGAGAGGAAGUGGGCAUGGAGGGUCAGACGCUCGUCGAGGGCAUCCAUAUGCGUGAACGAGAGGAAGAGAAGAGCGACGAAGAAACGAUUUGA